GACGGAAAGUCCGAAGUGCUUGAAGUGGAAAGUGCGCACGCGUACUACUUCAGGCGGGGGCGGGACUGUCUCGGCGAGACUUCGCUCCGUGCUAGGGCGGGGCGAAGGCGUAGGGAAGGCGGAGUUUGCAGGGUUGCACGCACGCGCCUCGUCCGGUCGCGUCGAGUGUGCGUGCGUGCGUGCGUGUUUGCGUGUGGUCACAGUUCCCGCCAUCAGCCGCUCUCCCUGAGUAGGGGGAGCGAGCGGCCCCUCUCCUUCGUGCCUGGUGUCCCUUCCUUCCUUCCCCCCGGCUCCUCCCCCUCCGCGCGGACUCUGUGCUUCCGGCAGGCUACUGCAGGGCUCCGGACCCGCAAGCACAGCUGAGGUGAUGGCUUCCGGAGAACGGGCAUAGCUGCAGAAUAUGAGUAGUUCCCCAAGAAGAGUGCAUUGCCUUUGGCACAAGGAUCAGAAUAAAGGUGAAUUGUUAUUACAUAGGGUUUUUCAGUAAAAGUCACUGAAAAAAUCUGUCAGGUGUAUUUUUGCUUUUUAAUUUGGCUAGAAGCAAUUUAUUUUUAAAGAAAGUAUGUCUCCUCUGAAGAUUCACGGUCCUAUCAGAAUUCGAAGUAUGCAGACUGGAAUUACAAAAUGGAAAGAAGGAUCCUUUGAAAUUGUGGAAAAAGAGAAUAAAGUCAGCCUGGUAGUUCACUACAAUACUGGAGGAAUUCCAAGGAUAUUUCAGCUAAGUCAUAACAUUAAAAAUGUGGUGCUUCGACCAAGUGGAGCGAAACAAAGCCGCUUAAUGUUAACUCUACAAGAUAAUAGCUUCUUGUCUAUUGACAAAGUACCAAGUAAGGAUGCAGAGGAAAUGAGGUUGUUUCUAGAUGCAGUCCAUCAAAACAGACUUCAUACAGCCAUGAAACCUCAGGGGUCUGGUAGUUUUGGAGCUAUUCUGGGCAGCAGGACCUCACAGAAGGAAACCAACAGGCAGCUUUCUUACUCAGACAAUCAGACACCUUCAAAAAGAGGAAGUUUGGAAACUAAAGAUGAUAUUCCAUUUCGAAAAGUUCUUGGUAAUCCAGGUAGAGGAUCAAUUAAGACUGCAGCAGGAAGUGGAAUAGCUGUCACCCGAACAAUUCCCUCUUUGACAUCUACAUCAACACCUCUUAGAUCAGGGUCAUUAGAAAAUCGGACUGAAAAGAGGAAAAGAAUGCUAUCAUCUGGCUCAGAGUUGAAUGAAGAUUACCCUAAGGAAAAUGAUUCAUCAUCGAACAACAAGGCUAUGACAGAUCCCUCCAGAAAGUAUUUAACCAGCAGUAGAGAGAAGCAGCUGAGUUUGAAACAGUCGGAAGAGAAUAGAACAUCAGGGCUUUUACCUUUACAGUCAUCAUCGUUUUAUGGCAGCAGAGCUGGAUCCAAGGACUACUCUUCUGGUAGCACUAACCUAGACAGGACUAAUGUUUCAAGCCAAACUCCCUCUGCCAAAAGAAGUUUGGGGUUUCUUCCACAGCCAGCUCCUCUUUCUGUCAAAAAGCUGAGGUGUAAUCAGGAUUAUGCUGGCUGGAACAAACCAAGAGUGCCCCUUUCCUCUCACCAACAGCAGCAACUGCAGGGCUUCUCCAAUUUGGGAAAUACCUGCUACAUGAAUGCUAUUUUACAAUCUCUGUUUUCACUCCAAUCAUUUGCAAAUGACUUGCUUAAGCAAGGUAUCCCAUGGAAGAAAAUUCCACUCAAUGCACUUAUCAGACGCUUUGCACACUUGCUUGUUAAAAAAGAUAUCUGUAAUUCAGAGACCAAAAAAGAUUUACUCAAGAAGGUUAAAAAUGCCAUUUCAGCCACAGCAGAGAGAUUCUCUGGUUAUAUGCAGAAUGAUGCUCAUGAAUUUUUAAGUCAGUGCUUAGACCAGCUGAAAGAGGACAUGGAAAAGUUAAAUAAAACUUGGAAGACUGAACCUGUUCCUGGAGAAGAAACUUCAUCAGAUAUUUCAGCUACCAGGGUAUACACUUGCCCUGUUAUUACUAACUUGGAAUUUGAGGUUCAGCACUCCAUCAUCUGUAAAGCAUGUGGAGAGAUUAUUCCCAAAAGAGAACAGUUUAAUGACCUCUCCAUUGACCUUCCUCGAAGGAAAAAGCCACUCCCUCCUCGUUCAAUUCAAGAUUCUCUUGAUCUUUUCUUUAGGGCAGAAGAACUUGAGUAUUCCUGUGAGAAGUGUGGUGGGAAGUGUGCUCUUGUCAGGCACAAAUUUAACAGGCUACCCAGGAUUCUCAUUCUUCAUUUGAAACGAUACAGCUUCAAUGUCACUCUCUCACUUAACAACAAGAUUGGGCAGCAAGUCUUCAUUCCAAGAUACCUGACCCUGUCCUCUCAUUGCACUGAAAGUACAAAACCGCCUUUCACCCUUGGUUGGAGUGCACAUACGGCAAUUUCUAGACCAUUGAAAGCCUCUCAAAUGGUGAAUUCCUGCAUCACCAGCCCUUCUACACCUUCAAAGAAUUUCACCUUCAAAUCCAAGAGUUCCUUGGCUUUAUGCCUUGAUUCCGACAGUGAGGAUGAGCUAAAACGCUCUGUGGCCCUUAGCCAGAGACUUUGUGAAGUGUCAGGCUGUGAACAACAGCAGGAAGACUUAGAAAAAGAUUCCAAAUCAUGCAGAAUAGAGCCUGAUAAGUCUGAAUUGGAAAACUCUGGAUUUGAUGGGAUGAGUGAAGAAGAGCUUCUAGCAGCCGUUUUAGAGAUAAGUAAGAGAGAAGCUUCACCAUCCCUGAGUCAUGAAGAUGAUGAUAAACCAACCAGCAGCCCAGAUACUGGAUUUGCAGAAGAUGAUAUUCAAGAAAUGCCUGAAAAUCAAGACCCUGUGGAAACGGAGAAGCCCAAAACACUUGCAGAGCCUGAUCCUGCCAGUUUUACUGAGAUAACUAAAGACUGUGAUGAGAAUAAAGAAAAUAAAACUCCAGAAGGAUCUCAAGGAGAGGUUGAUUGGCUCCAGCAGUAUGAUAUGGAACGUGAAAGGGAAGAGCAAGAACUUCAGCAGGCAUUGGCUCAGAGCCUUCAGGAACAAGAAGCUUGGGAACAGAAAGAAGAUGAUGACCUCAAAAGAGCAACAGAGUUAAGUCUUCAAGAGUUUAACAACUCUUUUCUGGACUCAUUGGGUUCUGAUGAGGACUCUGGAAAUGAGGAUGUUUUAGAUAUGGAGUACACAGAAGCUGAGGCUGAGGAGCUGAAAAGAAAUGCUGAGACAGGGAAUCUUCCUCAUUCUUACCGGCUCAUUAGUGUUGUCAGCCACAUUGGUAGCACCUCAUCUUCAGGUCAUUACAUUAGUGAUGUGUACGACAUUAAGAAGCAGGCAUGGUUUACUUACAAUGAUCUCGAGGUAUCUAAAAUCCAAGAGGCUUCCGUGCAGAGUGAUCGGGACCGGAGUGGUUACAUCUUCUUUUAUAUGCACAAGGAGAUCUUCGAUGAGCUGCUGGAAACGGAAAAGAACUCUCAGGCAGUUAGCAUGGAAGUGGGGAAGACCGCUCGUCAGGCCUUGUGAGGAACAAACUCGUGGGUUGGCAGUGCGCACUGAGUAUUAUUCCCUCUCACUGCCGCCCGCCUCACCUUUCCUCUGCCCGAGGAGAAUUCGGAAUUCUACUUGAUGCGGGAGCAACAAACAGCUCAGGGCCAAACCAAAAGAUGAAAAUUGCAAUUAUGUGGAACGCUCCGUUGCUAAUUGUUUUAUGGAAACUUUGGUCUCACAUCUGUAGCUGAUUAUCCUCUUUUUCUCCUACAGUAGUGGCGCUUCCUUUUGUCUUAGGGAUACGUGUUGUAAAUAUAUACAUAUGUACAUACACAUCCACACACACAUAUAUGUGGAGUGAAUGGAGCCUUAAAGAGUUAGGAUGAGUCACCAGAGUAUGCCUGCUCAAAGUUAAUAGCACAGCACUCUGAGAAGAAAUGAAGGCGUCAAAGAGUCCAUUCACCUGAGAAAUGUGUAAAGAUAUACAUAUCAGUUGGCAUUUAGCUUUUCUGUUCCUUGAGUAGUUUCACUCGAGUCUACACUCUUUCAUGUUUGUUUCUUAUUAGUAAAGUUCACUGGAAAGCCAGCUCUCCAUGUUACACUAAUGACAGUGUGUCCUCCUUGGGAAGGAGAGGCAUUUCUGCCACCUGACAUGAGGAGCUUUUUUAAAAAAAUUAUUUCAUGGAUUUGUAAUGCUUUUGCUGUUUACAUGCAGUCCCAAGAAAUGGAUUGUUGGUGCUUUGGAAUGUGUUGUGGUCCCCCAUUUGGUAUUCAUUCUACACUUUGCAUUUUCUUUAAAGAAAUUUCCUUCUCAAGGUAUAUUCUUUGUAUAUCAUCUAUAUUAUUGUAGUGAAGAUAGAAUCUUUUCUUUUUCUUACGUGUCAUUCUUCCAUGGAGCAAACGUUACUCUAAAAGAUUGCAACCAAAACUUUAGGAGGUUGGGAUUCCCCAGCAAGGAUACUUAGGGAUAAGAAAGAACGCUAGCAUCUGUCCCUCAUCCAUAGGUCAAGAUGAGGAUUCUUGCGUGAAAUCUAAAAACUCUGGACCCCUAGAAGCCCUGCUGCAAAUGGGAAAUUAAGUACAUGAGCUAUUGGGUAAAGAACAUUUAAAUCAUUUGCUGCCUGGCUUUGCCCUUAAAACCAGGUGAGAGUUAGAAUGAGAUUGGUUUAGGUGAUCCCAAGAGCUAACAGAUAACAAAGGUGUGUAAUGGAUUUAUCUUUUUAGGUGCUUUGAGUUGAGGCUGAAUGGGAGUGCAGUAUUAAGUGCUGCAUUAGUCGCUCGGCUGCCACAACCAGCUUGGUUAGUAAGCAGCUUGUGAAACCAUGUGAAGAAUGAGUUUCAGAGGAGAAUUCUGUCCACAAAAUAAUUUUUGUAAGCCCAGGAAUCAUUAGGUUCACACAGUUAAGUAUAGCAAAAUGAAACUUUCAGUAUUUUCUUUCAUGUUUUUCUUUUAUUAUAAACAAGGAGGUAACUCUUAGCUCUCAGGUAGGGACAAAACAUCAGUUUUUCAAGGGAAGUAAACAUGUUAAAGUCCGCCAUCACAGAAGGUGCAACAUCUUUUCUGGAAGAUGGCCUUAUGAGAGCUGCAGCCCCAUGCUUGGACGUGUUCUGACAUAGUAACCUGUUUCUAAAAUGUUCAGUUUCCAAAUUGUAAACGGCCCCAGCACUUUUGGUUAACUACCAAUGAAAGCUUUGCCUCCUGCCAUUUACCUAUGCAUUACCAUAGUGAACGUUCCAAAAUGGUAUGCCAGUAAGUUGUGCAAGAGUAAUAUAGAGCAGAGGAAAAUAUUUGUUUUAAAAAUUAUAGCUUUUGCUGGGAAAUAACUGGUUUUCUCAAAAAUGAGUGAAGUGGUGAUCAAAUUCUGUAGCUAUUUAGGACUUCUCUUCCAUGUGUUUGUAUUUGAGAGCUUUGAGAGGUACUGUUAAAAAUGGUUGGAAAUGAUUUGAAAUGGGGGAUGGAUGCAUUAGGGCAUAAAAAAAAUAGAAAUGCCAUAAGCCUGAUUGCCCAUGAAGUGCCCUCAUUUGACUUGUUUUGGUAGUGUGUGUGUGUGUGUGUGUGUGUGUGUGUGUGUGUGUGUGGUUUAGAAGUACACGUGGCUCAGAAACCUGAUUUGAUUUGAUCUUCAUUUCUUGGGCUGAACUUGUUAGUUGGAAAUAGGUUACUGAGGUAGAUGACUUCUCUCACCGCUUGUACACUUGCAAGUUUUGGACUUGAAUUUUCUUUGGUAGCUGUGCGUUGUUAUGGCCUGUUCGGCCUUCCCCUCCCCCUGCGCUCCUUAUCCAUCCCCCCUUUCACUACGUGUUCUCAUUCAGGUUCAGUGAAGGGUUCAUGACUACAGAUGGAGAUUUCAGCUGGACCACGUUGAAAGGGUUUAUUGGUUUUUUGAGCUGGCUGUAUAUAUUUAAAAAUUAUAAUAAUAUAUUAUAUAUAUAUAUAUAUAUUUUUUGCACAGUCUGAUCAGUUUGCUCACAAUCAGGGGGAUGGGGCAUUGGGGUGUUGGGGCCGGAAGGGACAAGUUAGAUAGGGACAGAGUGCUUCAGUCCCAGGCAGCCUACACAGUAACCUUUCUGUUGAAAAUUACCAAAUAGGGUUACACUACUUUAAACGACAUUGAAUUAGAACUCGACAGCACUUAGUUCUGCAGACAACUGAUCUUAAUUGAAAUUUUUUUGAAUAGAAAACUAACCUAAAAUCCAGACUUACUGACUCUUAUCACCUAAUAUUAUGGAGAAUUGGAAGUUGCAUGUGGCCAGAUGGCUGCUGUCCCUUUAGUAGCCAUGACUGUAAUUUAGGCCUAUGAGGAGAUAGCCUCUGUUUUGUGGGGGUAUUUAUAUGUGUGUGCACACUCAAAUCUAAGUUUUGUCUCAGCAGGAUAGAGUAGGAGGCAAGUCCAUGAAUUGUUCUUCUAUUUAUAUUUUGAUUCCAAAAGCUAUGUUUACUCGAGGUGAUCUGUUAAUUUCAGGCCUAAUUUAAUGGCUCAGUAACAGAUGUAACAAAUGUAAAUGUGUUUACAUUUUUUAAAGUAUACAGUGAUACUUACAAAUCAGCUGAUUAACUCUGGGAGGCAAAUACUAGACCAUACAUUUCUUUACUUCUCUCCUUGUUCAAGUGUAGAAUUCUUCCAAAAGAGAAACUUUAAGGAUUAAAACCUCAGCAGGUGAAUUUGUGAGUUUACUUAUUCCUCCAUAUUGCAGUUACCAUUAUGUAACUAUGUAAACAUAGCUUGACGCAUGUACAGCUACAGAUACGGUUGUAUAAUGAAAAUUAUUUGGAAACACCUAAAGUGAAGAUCUCUUGGCCAUGUCACUAUAUUUGAGUGUUAGGAGUGUAGAGAGAGCAUGGGAGUGGGGAUUGGAAACCUACAGGAGAAAAGUAGUUUGUUUUUUUGUGAUCUGAAAAGAGUUUGUGAUCUGAAAAGAGUUUAUAUUAAAACGAAUAAGUAUGACUCUUCUCCCUCUUUCUUUGUCCUCUGAAGUGACUGCAGUGGACGCUCUCAGUCAUCCACACUUUAUUUUUUUUCUCUCUGAUUUAACUGACCUCUCUCAGGAGGUCUUUUGUUUUAAAUCAGAGAAACAGCUACAUCUCCCAAGUAUAUUUGAAUCUUGUAUAUAUAUGAGAUUUUUGGAAAAAUCAAAACCCAGUACCAGAUGCAAGUCACAUAAGUGUCCCCCCAAAACAGGUGUGUCCUUUUCCUCCUCUCCGUCUUGCUUUAACACUGAGUAAUGCUCUCGUUAAGUGUGUACCAAACCUGAACAGAUUUCUGCCAUCUAACAUCUUCCUCAUGUAUCACUGCAAAAUUCUGUCUCUAUUGGUAUGUCUUAUUAACAUCUGAAAAACAUAUAUAUGAUUGGAAACUAGAGUUUGUUAGGCCUUGAGAGUUUUGUGACAAUUCUUUUGCUGUGUGUCACCACAAUCCUUGACUCCUUUACGGCAUGCUUUGAUUACUAGACUUCAGGCAGUCUUUUCCGUUGUAUCAUAUUUAUACACAGUAAAUUUUUCUUUCCAUGUGUGCUAUAUGUCUGAGGUUUUGAAGUUUUUAAUUAAAACAGUGUGCCAGUAUGAAUAUAAGCAGUUGAUUUUAGUAACAUUGAACUUUUCUUGAAGUACCUUAAGAGAUUCAAAGUAUAGGCAUGUUUACUGGCAAAACAAUAGAGGGGAAUGAGGGUCUGGAUCAGGACCCAAGUUCAGUAGGUCAAAUGCCAAAACAGUAAGAGCAAUCAACUGACUGGCCUAUUUCAAAAGCAGAGGGGCUGCGGGGACUGAGCCCACACACACAUCCCCUCCCCAGGUCUCCCGCCCUCUCUUGAGUUUUUGUCCUUGCAUCCCAACUCCUCUGGCCUGUUGUCAGUGUUGCUUACUUACGCUGUAGAGAGGAAGACAGAAAAGGAAAGGUCCUACACUUUGCCUAAUUGAGCCACUACCAGAUUUGCUGGCAGCUUUGGCCACAUUAUUUGUGAGGUGAUUUUCUUUGUGCUCAGAGUGACUUGAUUCUGAUUUCUUUAUGUUGUUUUGUAUGGAGCGGCACUUUAUCUGUGUUUUAGCAGAACUGUUCCUCUGUAUCCUUUACGGUUUUUCCUUGUUUUUGUUUCCUUUUUAAAUUAUGCAUAGAGUUUUUUGUGUGUGUGAAAUUAAAGCCUUUAUUAACCUUC